UUUCCAUCACGAAUCAAUAUUCCACGGAUCGAUCAAUAUUAGCUACAUAGAACAGGCAUGCAGUGUCGAAAUAUAAAUAAUACACCAAAGGCUAUAUAAUUAUAUACCCAGGCCUCAUUUCUAUUCUACUUGCCCACAUCAUCGCCAUCACAAUUUUUUCAUUAUGGGUAAACCAGCCACCUUCACUCGACGACUAGACUUACUCCGCUUCCUCAAACAAGCACACAACUCUUCCCAUUUUUCUCCAAAUGCAUCAUCUUCUUCACUACCUAUAACCCCGGCCAAGUAUCAAAUAUACGUCCUGGGUAAUCCAUCCGCGGACUUAGACUCCAUACUUUCUGCAAUCGUAUAUUCAUACUUUGCCACGAGAGUAGUCUCAUCUAGCCCCGGGACUGUUCUCUCAUCGCCAAGAAGGGAAGGGGGACAAAAGAUUCUUCGUCAAUAUAUACCCCUAAUCGAUUUGCCAGAUGUUCAUUCUGGGAAAGAGUUGGCAAGGUUGAGGCCAGAGUUUGUGACGGCGUUGAGGUUAGCGGUGGGGUGGGAUGGAAGUGAAGAUAGAGGAGAGGAAGAAGCUGACACCAGUGUUCUAGAAAAUAGUGUGUUGACUGUUGCGGAUUUGAAGGAGCAGCUAUUGUUGUCUUUGGGCGGGAAUCCAACUGAUGCCAGUGGAGAAAACGAAGCUCAGGGGGCUGGCGACAGGCACUACCACGAAGCUGCACCGGGAAACAUCAACAGUGUUGCAGAAGAGCUAAAAACCCUAAAUGUUAUGUUGGUGGAUUGGAAUGCGCUGCCAAAACUCCCAUCCAAUGGGGGGAAACGUGGGAUUGAAGGUCUUUCAGACGCCGUGCCGGAGCUCAACCUUUCCGUCGUCGGCUGCAUAGAUCAUCACGAUGAUGAAUGUUUCGUUUCAAGGGAACCUGAGUCAUAUUUACACGAUCCCCGCUGCAUACAAACAGGUGUAGGAAGUUGUAUGUCUCUUGUUGUUCGCGAGCUGCGAGCGCAAGGUCUUUGGGCGGACCCUGUUCCCUUCUCUGCACACCCUCACACCGCCUUGGACCCAGAGACAGCCCAAGACCAGACUGUAAUCUACGAAGCACAAGCAGCAAAACUAGCUAUGGCAGCGAUCCUAAUCGACACAGCUAACAUGACGGCGAAAAGCAAGGUGUCUAGCGUCGAUACAGCGGCAGUUACCUUCCUGGAAGCUAAGAUACGAGCGGGCACAGACGGACAUUUGCGAAGUAAUCCUCAAUCUGCUACCAGCGGCACAUGUUGGGAUAGACAAGCCUUCUACGAUGCAAUCGCUCUCGCGAAGGAGAAUAGCGUUGAAAACCUAACGGUUUUAGAGGUGCUGGGGAGGGAUUAUAAGGAGUGGGCUGAGACCAUUGCUACAACCACAGGCUCACCGGUCAUAAACAAUAAUAAGACGGUGAAAUUGGGCAUCUGCUGCAUAGUAAAGCCCCUCUCCUGGCUCAUGGAAAAGUGUGCUCGGGAAUAUGAAACCCCUGCGACCACCCCAACGAACGAUACAUCCUCCACCGCGCUACUAUCUGAAUACCUCUCCUCCUUCGCAGGAGAGAAGCACCUCGACCUCGUCGCUGUCAUGACAGCGUUUAGAAGCCCAGAACCAGAGAGCGAGUUUCGCCGUGAAUUGCUGCUCUAUAAUUUGAAUCGUGAUUGUCGCGAUGGCCUGAAGCGUUUCGAGGCAGCUGCGAUUGGAGAGCUGGGGUUAGAAGCCGGAAUUUGGAUUCAGCAUGUUGCUUCCCCGGAUACUGGUGAUGAUACCGGUCGCUGUAUGUGGAUUUGGCGUCAGACUGACGUGUCGAAGAGCAGAAAGCAGGUUGCGCCAUUGUUGCGGCGGACGUUCUGUGAUGCUGUGAUUUGAGUCAGAGGAGAGGUAAGGAAAUAUCCAUAUAAAGGCAGAUUGAUAGCCGUCUCUGCUAGAAUAUACAGUAGCAUAAAUUUCGCUAUAGUGAAGUGGAUAAAAUGAGUAUUUUGGACAACUGUGGAUGCCAAUGCAGUCUUUGUAUUGAACAAAACAUAGGGUAUAGCUAGCAUAAUACCAAUGCCAACAAACCAGAAUAGCGAAUCAUGCGGUAGAAUUCGAAGCUUUAAUUGUUAAAGGCUUCAAAAUGUCACAGAAACGGAACAGUAGCACACUUGCAAGGUAAUAAAACGAAGUAUGAGACACCCUCCACCCUGAAGGAAAACGAAAGAAUUGCUG